GCUCGCGUUUGACGUCGCAUUUUCAGCUUGCGUUUCACGCGUGCAUUAGGAAGGAAAUCAAGAGUGAUCACGUCGCAACGCGUCCACUUCAAAGAGGCGGGAAUCAAGUAAAGUGUGAAGCAAAAACAAAAGCAAUCCUGUGCGCGAGUCGGUGGUAGACGUGACGAACGGCAAACGUUCGUUAGUUUUGUUUUCGCCAGUACACGCAGUACCCGCCAGCGCGCGAUAUCAGGGUUCGCAACCGGAACGUACAGUGCAGCACCACUAGCUCCCUUAUUCCGCCUCACGCAUCGCGUGUGUGUCCUACGGUGGUUGGAGCGAGAGAACAACGGGCGGUGCGGACGUUGUUCUACACCGUGCGGCCGCAAUAUUGUGCGCUAGAGGGCGGAAGGCUAGCCGUUCUUUAAUUGUGUGUGCGCGCGUAUCUUGCGUUACCGUUGUCGGAGCGCACAGUCCUCGAACGGGGUGACGAACGCAGGGUGAAAAGUGAAAAAUAUGUCGGAAUCGAACGCGAAGCCGGUCGAGGAGAUGUCGGCAAGUGAAGUUAAAACGCCGACGAAACGGACACCUAAAAGAAAGGCGGAGGCGUUUCAAAAGGAGAGCGAAGCGCUGCUCAAAAAUCUCGGCGUCACCGUCGACCUAGAUGAUGGCCGUCGUCGGACACGUUCAAGUUCUCGCGCUGUCACAGCAACGCCACCAACGACACCGGCAACACCACCAGCAAAGCGAGCUCGUGGCGCAGCGACACAGUCAAAGUCCCCGUCACCAGCAUCGGACGAAGCGCAAAAAUCAAAGGCAACACCGAAAAAGCGUGAACACGUGGUGGAACCGAGAAAAAUUGUUCUGCAAAAAGAUCAACCGACUGCAGAAAGCCAGCCCGAGGCGAACACAAGUAGCACAAGCAGCGCGCCAGCAGCAGCAGAAAAUUCGGUUGAGAAAAUGGACGUCAGCACAGUACAGCAACAGGCAAAGUUCGGCAAACCGGAGGGCCAGGUAGCCAGCGACGUGGUUGAGGAAAAGAAAGUCGAUGACACUAAACUGCGGGAAGUGAACACGAAGGACGAAGCCGAUGCUACCAGCACAACCACCGAGGCGCUGUCGGCAGAAGCGAAGAAGGACGAGGAACAUCAAAAAGAUGCUGCUCCGCAGAAGAAGAACGACGAACCUCCAGCGGUGGAUGGCGUAAAGGCAUCCGUGGUGUCUGCUGCGGAAGAACCGAUGGAGGUAGAUGGUGGAAGUGGUGAAAAGGCAGUUGCCAGCAGCAAAGCAAAGGCUAACGUAACUGCUGCCCCCGUAAGGGUAGAAUCCACCGAUAGUUCGGCCACCGAGGAAACUCAUGAAAAUUCCACCGACUCAGCGAAGCAAGAGGACAGGCCAAAGGAUUCCAACGCUACCACCGUCGGGGUGACUAAGGAAGAGGUUAAAGUGGUUGAAACGAAAGUUGCGACGGCUACUAACGUGGUUGAGAGCAACGGUGAAGUAGUGAGCCACCCGGAAGACACAGUGGUCAAGACGGUGACAUCUACGGCAGAGGUGGUCGAUGGACCGGAGAAGAAAGAAGAAGAGCCAGCAGCGCCUGCCGUCGGGAAGGAGCCGCCAGCAGAAAAUAUUAAGGCAGUAUCUGUCCCAGUAGCAGCCCCGGUAGACGUGACAAGUAGCACGGUCGUAGAGAUUGAUGACAACUCAUCGAACGAGGACACUGUGCCGGUCGUGAAAAGCGUAGAUGUAGAUUGUGCACCGAAAGAGAACAAUGUUGCAGACAAAGUGAAUUCAAAUGUGGAGCCUAAGAUUGUUGCAAGCGAACCGACGGCCGUGGAAGCAGCACCGGCAGCACCGUAAGCAGAGCACUUAUCACCGUCACCAAUUUGUUUCAAUUCACCCCCGGUUUUUGAAUAUUUUUGUUUGUAGUUUGUUUCGUAAGAAAAGCGUCGUAGUAAGAAAAUGCUUGAAAAGAUAGGCCAUGUGAACUAGACGAAGAAAUAUUGCAAGCCAACAGAAUAGGAAUGACAGAGAGAUGAAUAGAGCGAGAGAAAGAUAGAAAGAGUGCAAAAUGGACGGAUUUCUUAGUAUAAAGGUUGUUGAUCGAUUAGUUCUACAUUUCGCGUGCCGAUUCAUCGACGUUAUAUAUGUUGUCAAAUCGUUGGAAAUAAUGUUUGGAAAAAGCAUUUCACCUCCGGACAUGAUGGAUGAACGAAUCCAUUUUUUCUUUUGUUUGAUCUAUUAACUGUAAUUUUGCAUACCUGGUUGUCCUCCGGUACGCCACGAUGCUGUUUAUGCCUAUUUUGGAACGUAAGAGGUAAUAAAAGCAAUCCAAGUUGUGAACUACUGUUUCACCAUAGUAACGACGAAUGACGAUUCUUAACGUUUCCGAUUCGUAGUUGAGGCACCCAACCCAAACCCAAUCAGCAUAUUCGUACUAAUAUUUUGAAUUUAAGGUGAACAAAAAAAUAAAUGAACUACAAAAUGGUUGAAAUUUGUCGUAGACCUCAAAUUACGGAGUGACUCAUGGUUAGAGUACAAAAACGAAUGUAACCAGAAGGAAGAAAGCAAAUAUUUACAACUUUAAAGAUGACGAAUAUCAUAAAAUCCAUUUAUAUGCCCGCAGCCAAGCUUGUCGGUUAAGAGUAAGAGUUUCGGAAUCUGCAUCAGACACAGCCAGCCGAGUCGAGCCGAGAAGCAGUCAGGGAGGCAGCAGUGAUGUUGGUGAAAGGAAGUGAAUUGAAAGUAUACGUUUCCGCACGAUAUCCUUAUUUUCCUUAUGUCCCAGAGAACCAGCGGAACGGGCUGAGUUCUGUUUUUUCUUCGUUCGUUUACUUCUUUUCCCUAAGUAACCAUACCAAGAAGCAGAAUCAAAAACCAAAGUGUAACGAAAGCGAAAGGAAGGAAAGAUAGAGAGUAGAGCAUCUUUUUUUCUCGCUCGCUCGCGUGUGACACUUUGAAGCAAGGAUCGGUGUUGACUAUGUAGAAUCGUUUCUUUUUUUUCUAGUUAUGGCCAUCUUAGACUAGAGUUUGUCGUUAUUAAGAAGUUGGAACGCCAACACGAAAAUAACGCUCUGCACCUUGUAACAGAAUGAGAUAGAGGCGUGCACAGAAAAACAGGGUAAUAAUAUAAAGGUGUUACAUUUUUCGACUACUCCAUCAGCAACAGAUAGGCCAUAGAACUAUGAACAUGUGUUAAAAUAUCUGUCUCGUUAUAUCAUGUCAUCUUUUUCAUCUGUUUGGACGGACGGAACCCGCUAGGAUCGGUUUGCUUCUUUACCGUUGCCUUAACGCUUGGUACAUUUGUUUGAGGAAAGCGAGUGCGAGCGAGAUAGCAGACACCGUUGUACAGUGUGGCGCUGUGCAGACAUGUGGUUCUGGUGGUUCUCCAACGCUGUACAAAAGAUGUUAAACGGAAUCCUAAUCCAUCAGUACUAUUUACACGGAGCAAAUGAAAAGUCAGUGCAGCAGGCAGAAAUGCUUGAGGCCGGCGAUGCAUCCAAAACUUGAAAACAACACUAACACCACGUACAACUGGCAAUCGAUUCUAUUUUAUAAUCUGUACAAUGUUCACCGAUAAGAAUUAAAAAGAUUACAAAUGUGCGGAGCUUUGCGAAUUAAACGAAAUUUUCAAAAGUAACACAAUAUUGCACCGCGGCUACUGCGGCGGUGAGGCAGAAUAAGAGCGAUUUUACCUGAUAACUUGUGUAGGUUAGAAUGCUAUAGUCUUGUAAUGUAACUUGUAAUGUAACUAUAGUCUUUACAUGAAAUAUAAAACUGUGUCG